AUGAAACCAGAAAAUGAUUCACAAGUUUCAGGAUUUAUUCUUCAGGGAUUUUCGGAGGAACCCAAACUACAGUUCAUCGUGUUUGUUAUUUUUAUCUCCAUGUACCUGGUGACUGUCUUGGGGAACCUGCUCAUCAUCCUGGCCGUCAUUUCAGACCCCCACCUCCACACGCCCAUGUACUUCUUCCUGUCCAACCUGUCCUUCGUGGACAUCUGCUUCACCUCCACCACUGUCCCCAAGAUGCUGGCGAAUAUACAGACUCAGAGAAAGUCCAUCACCUAUGAGGACUGCAUCACCCAGAUGUACUUUGUCAAUGUGUUUGCAGUGUUAGAUGAUUUACUUCUGACCGUGAUGGCCUAUGACCGCUUUGUGGCCAUCUGCCACCCCCUGCACUACACGGUCAUCAUGAACCCCCGGCUCUGUGGAUUGUUGCUUCUGGGGUCCUGGGUCAUCAGUAGCCUGAAUUCCUUAUCGCACAGCUUACUGGCACUGCGACUGUCCUUCUAUAAAGAUGUAGAAAUCUCAAACUUUUUCUGUGAACUCAAACAGGUGAUUCAAGUUGCCUGUUCUGACACGUUACUUAAUAACGUGGUGAUGUAUUUUUCUACUUUUCCACUGGGUCUUGGUCCUCUCGCGGGGAUCCUUUACUCUUACUCCAAGAUAGUUUUGUCCAUACGCAGGAUCUCAUCAGUUCAAGGGAAGUAUAAAGCCUUUUCCACUUGUGCCUCUCACAUUUCAGUUGUCUCCUUAUUUUAUUGUACUAGUCUGGGCGUGUAUCUUGGCUCUUCUGCUGCCCACAGCUCACAGUCCAGCUCAAUAGCCUCCGUGAUGUACUCUGUGGUCACCCCCAUGCUGAACCCCUUUAUCUACAGUCUGAGAAACAAUGACAUAAAGAGGGCUCUGAGGGCACUCUUGUUCAAGGGAACUCUAAUAGGACAGUUGACCUAG